AUGAGUGGGAUCCAAACGAGGUCUGUUCCCAUCCAUCCCAGAAAGAUGAAGAGUAUGAAGGAUGAGUGGAUGAAGAUCUAUACUCCGAUAGUCGAGAUGUGCAAGGUCCAGAUCCGGAUGAACAUCAAGGGCAAAAGUGUGGACAUGAGGACAUGCGAGCACACGGAGGAUCCCUCCUACUUAGAAAGGUCGGCACAGUACAUUGAGGCCAUCAACAUCGGGUUUCCCAUUGAGGACGCAAUUGCACUACUGAAGUUCAGCGAUGUGUUCCUGGACCGCUUUGAGAUAUCGGAGGUCAAGACGCUGAGGGGGCUGCACAUCGAGAGGGCUGUUGGGAGGAUUAUAGGAAGAGAGGGGAAAACGAGGGAUGCUAUAGAGGAGUUCAGCAGAUCAAAGAUUAUUGUCCAAGGUCAAACAAUACAUCUUCUUGGGACGGUUGAAAACACAAGGAUAGCAAGGGAUGCAAUAUGCAGGCUGAUAAUGGGGUCUCAGCCGGGAAGUAUCUUCAACAGACUCCGGAUCAUCAACUCAAGACUUAAGGAGAAGUACGGAGGGAUCCAGACGGUAUACAGUGAGUUUGAAAAGAGGUAG